CUCACUGCAUUGUAAUGUAGGUGGCUGCUGAAACUGGGUGGUUUUGGGUUGACUUGUUUGACAUCUGAAUACCAACAACAUUGUUUGAAGGAGAGCUAUCAUCGUUGAAAGGCUGUCAGACUGCUGUAUGGGUGGGAGUUACUGUUCAAAUGUAAUCAAAUUGUUUUUUAAAUAGACCAACCAACAAAACUUGGACAAACUGAUCAUUCUCAGGCCCUGUGUACACUAGCCAUGUGUGCCUGCUGUCAAUGACAAUGGAGUUCAACUCCUCCCAGCAGAUAGUGUUUGUGCUGCAUGGACUGAACGUGACACAGACAAACAAACACAUCUACUUCUCAUUAACUCUCAUCCUAUACAUCUUCACCAUUUUUGUGAAUCUGAUACUGAUCGUUACCAUUUUUCUGGAGAAAAUGUUGCAUGAACCUAUGUAUUUAUUUCUCUGUAAUCUGUGUAUUAAUGGUAUCUAUGGCGCUUCAGCUUUCUACCCAAAGAUACUUUAUGACCUUUUAUUUGACUCUCAUGUGAUAACAUACCCUGGGUGCAUGACCCAGAUAUUGGUAAUCUACUCCUUUGCUUUCUGUGAAUUCACCAGCUUGACAGUGAUGGCAUAUGACAGGUAUGUUGCCAUCUGUAAACCGUUACAAUACCACUCUAUCAUGACUACUCGAAAAGUGUGGACACUGCUUCUUCUUACGUGGCUUUUCUCAUGGCUAGAAAGUAGCAUUGGGAUGGGACUAACAGCUAGGUUACCCCUCUGUGGCGUCGACAUCGAUAAACUCUACUGCUCAAACUGGGCCGUCGUGAAGCUCUCAUGCGUUGACACCACUCUGAACAACCUCUACGGUUUCAUUCUCACGUUUUCUCAUGUUUCUCAAACAAUACUCAUCCUGAUAUCCUACAUGAACAUCAUCAAAGCGUCUUUGCGUUCCCGUGUGCAGAGGAAGAAGUUCAUGCAGACCUGUCUGCCUCAUCUGAUCACCCUCACUAACUUCACCAUAUCCCUCACCUUCGAUGUGAUGUACGCUCGCUACGGCAGCAACACCAGCCUGCUGGCCCUGAGGAAUAUCAUGGCGGUGGAGUUCCUAGUUGUGCCUCCUCUGGUGAACCCUAUCAUAUAUGGGAUGAAACUCACUCAGAUUCGGAAUAGAGUUGCACAGAUGUUCAACCGGAAAGUUGCUGCCCUAAUCUAA